UUGCGCUACUCUUCUUAGUAACUGUAAGAAGAACAUUAUCAGCUUCGUUACAUCUUGCUUAACCUUGAAAUCACGUCGCGUACACAAACGCGCCGAUCAAAUGACUAUGACUCAAAGCCCCUUCCAAGCUCGUGUUAGGCAGCUGGCUGCUAGGUUUGACUCUAAUCCGUGCAAACCGAUAUUAUCAGACACCGAACUGCUUGAGCUCUGCCACUCCAUCCAAAUUCACGAUAAAAUAGCAGUUGAAACUGCGAGGUCAGAACCCAGGUUAUACCAUCUGGUUGUACUAUGUAACAUGUGCGACUCGAUAACUUUUACACAAAAUCGGAUCUACUUCGAGCGCGGUUCCGCUUAUUUCAGCUGCCCUGCAUCUCGCGGCUUGCCUGGAGAAAAUCAAACAUUGGCUGAAGUCGGAGCAAAAGAUAUUGCAGAGCGUGCAGUAGUUUGUGGAAGCUAG